GGAAGAGGAGGCUUCAGAGAUACCAUAAGAGACCAGCUCUACAACACUCAUUAUCGGCUCAGGAAAAGUGACGUGCCACUGAGUUGCUGUAUACCAACAGGUUAAUAAUAAGCAGAAGUGAACAGUGGACACACAGACGUACCUGGGGGACAUCAACAGUGACAACCGAUUCCAUACCACAGUGAUUAUCGGACUAAGGGUCUAAGCUUCAGUGAUGGUGAGUGUGGCUAGACUGGUGUUUAUGCUGGGGCUGCUGCUGUGUCUGGGAGCCCAGCUGUCUUCCUCCCAGCACUGGUCCCAUGGCUGGUACCCUGGAGGCAAGAGGGAGCUGGACUCAUUUACCACCUCUGAGAUUUCAGAGGAGAUUAAACUCUGUGAGGCAGGAGAAUGCAGCUACCUGAGACCCCAGCGAAGGAACAUCCUUAAAAACGUUAUUUUGGAUGUCCUGGCCAGAGAAUUUCAGAAGAGAAAAUAACCUUAGACAACCUAUCAACCGUGGCUGAUUAAAAUCCUCCCUUGUCUCUGUCUGUUUCCUUCAUGACCUCUAUUCUAAUCUCAUGUGAUUUGGUCCAAUUUUGGGGUUUAUCCACUUUGAUAAUCAUAUAGCAUCACCCUUUACCAUUGCAUCCUUUUUCUGUCCCUUUCUGCUGCUGUAGACUAUCAAUUACAGUUGUAACAUCAUGCACAUGCCAUUUCCUUUAAUAAAGUAUCUAUUUUGUUAUUAAUGUC